AUGCUUGCCCGGCUCGCCUUCUUGCUGCACGCCGCCAUUGAGACGCCCGCGGCGGCCACCUUUCUCUUUGCGCCCCACCGCCAGGUCAGCCCGACUUUGCUCGCAUCGGCGACGGGCGGCGGCGAGGUGGUGCUCCUCCUGCAAAACUACGGCGGGCUGCUGGCGUCGUCGGUACUGCUGAGCCUCGUCAUGGCCACGUGGUCGUCACCGGGCCACCUGCGCGGCCUCGUGGCUCUCGCCCUUGGCAGCUACCAUCUCUUUCCCAGCCGGCGAGCGUUCAUCCGGCAGACGCAAAGAAUCGGGCUGCAGGGACCACAAGGCCGGACACUAGGCGGCCCGGCUGUGCACUUGGCGGUCCACGUUGCCUGUUUUGUGGCGUUGACGUCGGCCGGUCUGCAAGAGCUACUGCGGGAAGAAUAA